AUGCAUGCGCCGGUGGUCGGGAGGAGAGGGGGCUUCUUCCAGCCCCGCGACGAGGUCUCUCACCUUGCCAUCGGCGACUUUGCUCUAAGCAACGAUCACGCCAUGCCGCUGUUUCAAGGCCGCGACAAAUCCAAGAUGUACCCGGCGAAUCCAGGACCCCUACUGCAGGGAGUUGGCGCCGCCAGAAACAGCACUGCUGUCUACGGCGGCGGUACAGCCGCCGACGUCGUGUCCCAUGGAAAAGGCAACUUCUGCGCGCAGAUUCAGAACAAGGACGUUGCUGUCACGAUGAGUGCAGAAGCGGGAUUGUUCCCUGCUGGAAUCGGCAACGUUUCAGACAUUAUCUGUUCACCACCGCAAGGGGAUACGGUGCGAUCACAGGAUGAACACAGGAACAAAGGGGGCGACCUGUUCCUCUUCGACUGGCCUGAGCUGGCCCCCUUGGAGGGUGUCGAGACGGAGCUGAGAAAACUCGGUUCGCCGUUUGAGCUAGGGGGCAACAAUUAUUUCGAUGACCCGAUGUGGCCUUCGAUCUGCUCGCCUGAUGCUCAGCUCGUACCGAGCAUCCGCUUUGAUAAUGACCUGAAUCCAUCCACUGUUGCAAGCAAGAGCGCGGCUUAUCCCAUACUGAUAGAUUUGACAGUUCCUGACACUACUGAUCAGAUCAACAUGGCAACUCCCAUGAACACGCAGCAGCCAUCCAAGAAUAAAGAAAAGGAGUCGCCACUGAACCGCUCUUCCUCCGAGGAGAUCCAGCAUUUCCCACGGGUUUCAGACGCCGACCUCCUCUGCCCCUUCGACGACAUGCUCGUCUCAACAUCAUCCAGCACCAUGUACCGCAACGACGAGAUGAUACCUUCUUCCGCCACCGCUCGCUCCUGGCCAGACGACGUCGCCUCGGCUUACGCUCCACAGAGUUCCACGAAGAAGAAGAAGAAGCCGCACGCGACGACCCCGGACAUGUUCCUCGAUGAGAUGUCCGAAAACCCACUGGAGAUGUACUUCCCUCAGGUGAAGCAGCCUCAGAUGCACCAUCAGCUUCUUCCUGAAGUGUGCUUUGCAGGCGAUGGGGCUGGUCUGAACAGCUCAGGAUUGGAGUUGGGUUCGAAGGGGAGAGGAUGUUCGGGAGGACUACGUGAGAGCCCUCUCCCGUCGUCGAUUGCUAAAGCUGCGCCGGUGAAGAAUCUUCGGUUCCAGAAGCUUCAGGAAGGCAUGAACCAGUUGGAUGUGGGAACCAAGACGUGCAUAAGAGAUGCCCUGUAUCGACUGGCCAACAAUGUCGAACAGAGGCAUUGUGUCGACCAGAAUGUGGGUUCAUCAAGUGCUGCGAGCAGGCAAGUGAUCAAGACUUCGAGCGUAUGGACCGAGACUCAGGGCAGCCCUAUGGAUCGCUCGGUAGCGCAGCUUCUUCUGCAGAAACCGCUGUACCGGAAGACGACUGGUCGUCAGGCAAACCGCGUCGCUUGA